UCUCUGUUUCUCUCUUCUCCUUCGUCAAUGGACCACCGCAAGAAACUGAGAAUUCUCAAAGGCUUGCUCAAGGACAAGGCCUCCAUUAUCAGAGCAACUCUAUCAAAUAAAAGAAACAAGAAAAUACGAAUCGCCGUCCUCCGGGCCACCACUCAUGACCCUUCCACCUCACCUUCCGACGACUGCAUCGCCGCCGUCCUCUCCCUUGACCAGGGUUCCCGCCUUAUUGCAUGCACAUGCAUUGAGGUUCUCAUGGAUCGCCUGCAUGACACCAAGAAUGCUUCUGUUGUCCUAAAAUGUCUCUUCACUAUGCAUAUCAUCAUAUCAAGAGGCUCUUUAAUUCUCAAAGAUCAGCUCUCCGUUUUCCUUUCUUUUGGUGGCCGGAACUUCCUUAACCUAUCAAUGUUUCGCGAUGAAUCGGAUCCUGAAAGGUGGGUUUUGUCUUCUUGGGUUAGAUGGUACGCAGCCAUUGUAGAGCAGAAUUUAAAGAUUACAAGAGUUCUGGGUCACCACCUCUGCUCUUCUUUUGUUGCAACUAAUAGUAAAGGCGAGGAAGAUAAAGUUUUGCAACUGUUGAACAGAGAUUUAUUUGAAGAAGUAGAUGUUCUAGUGGAAUUUGUUAAAGUAAUUUGUGAAUUUCCUGAUUCUUUACAUCUUCAGAGGAACAAUUUGAUUUAUGAGAUAGUUCGGUUGGUUUCUGAGGAUUAUAGGUCAGUUCAACGAGAAAUCUCUAUCCGAGUUAUGGAACUCGGGGAGAGAAUUCCCAGUAUGAGCUAUAGUGAGUUGACUCAGCUUCUGGGUAACUUGAAGAGAUUCGAGAGUUGUAAAGAAAGAUUGUAUCUGAUGUUUGUAAAUAAGAAUAGGAAUGAUGCUUUAUGGGAAUUAGUAGGUGAGACAAGAUCGAAAGCUGUAGAGAUGAUGAAGCAAAAGGGAGAGAUAAAGUUGCUGAAAAUGGGCAACCCAAACGCUUCAAGCGAGUUGACUCAGUUCAAAUUCAAUUCUGGUGGUGAAUUUGAGUAUUUUGACACGGUCGCUCUUACUGUUUCAGCAAUGGCAUGAGUACAACUCUUCAAACUUUCCUAAUUUUUCUAUUAUUGAAAUCUGCUUUGUCAUUAAUUACUUCAUGUCAUUUCUAUUUUAAUUUUUUUUUUUAUUUCCUUCUCAAGAUCAAAGCUUAAUUCGAUAUGUACAUGAAAAUUUCACUUUU